UCGUUACUUUCGUUCGUUUUCUUGUCAAAAUGUGGAAUGUCUAAUUGGCGUUCUGUGCAAACCGCCACGGUAAUCGUUUCUUGUGAAAAAUUGAGGAAACAGUAAAUAUAUGGUUCAGCUUCUUAAUUUCUAAAACUAUCGAAAUCGCAAUAUUAGUUAUAAAAAUGGAGCCGAUGACGCUUGGAAGUCCUACACACUCGCCGUCAGGGAGUCCCAAUGUGGGAUAUCUGCCACCUUUCCUGUUAGGGGAAAUUAACCCUCCUUCUACACCUAGAACCAACAGCCUGUCUCCUACAAAGGGCAGGAACCUCGCGUUUGGUUCACCUACAAGCCCAACUCAAACCUCCACACCAGACCAGAAACAUUACCGUCAAAACCUCUCCAUGCACCAGCAGGCCCUGUACAACCAGCAAAACAUGUUUGCCAAUGCCCCCACAUCACCAAACACAUCAUACAACCCCAACAUGUCAUACAAUCCACCCAACAUGUCGUACAACAACAGUAAGACUACAGGACCACCCAUAGAGGACUUGUUUGACACAAUCAAAAGCAAUGAACCAUCUGUAAACAAGUCACUAUUCCAAGAGCAAAGCUUCUACAAUAACUCUAUGUUACAAAAUUCUUAUGUGAACAAUAUGAAUGGAUCUAGCAUGAACCCAGUAGCGUGGGACGGGAGCCAGGAGCAAGAGGAGUACUGGGUGACAGUGUUUGGAUUUCCACCUAAUGCUGCAAAUACAGUAUUAGCGAGAUUUAGCAAUUGUGGUGCUAUUUUAGACAAGCAAUACCCAACGCAAGGUAACUGGGCGCACAUCCGCUACGCGACGCGCGCUGAGAAGGAGCGCGCCAUGGCGCUGAGCGGGCGGCAGGUGCUGCCCGGCGUCAUGGUGGGCGUGGCCGAGUGUCGCGAGCCGCCCCGCCAGCCCGCCAGCCCGGGCGUCACCAGACAAACCCAAGGCGCCCGGUCACUGUGUCCGACGCCCGUGCCGUCCGCGCCGGUGCCGCAGCGCUCCAACGGCCUCAUCUCCAAGGCUUUAGACUACGUGCUGGGCUGGUGACACGGCCUCCGCGCUGUCAGACGACUGUCGCUUAUGAUAGACUAUGAAUUGUGGACUUCAAAUUAUUUACAUUGUCGUAACGAUGAGGUGAGCGAAUGUAGACUCUUUGGUCUGUUUGUGGCGGUUAACAUACUGCAAUGCGUCUUGCUGCAAAAUCAUGCAGUUUACUCGUAUCUACAGCAUGAAACAGUCGCCAUCAGAUACUGAUACGUAAAUUGAGGAAUGUACUGUGACAUUAACGCUGAUUUUUGAAUUUUGAUCGCUCGAUUUCGUGGUUCUGCACUACUAGGCAUUUAAAUUAUACUUAUGGAAUAGGGUUAUUUCCUGUGUUUAACCCUUUUCCAGGCAUAGUACGAUUUAUCGACCACAUACGCGCCGGUACAAUUUCAACCUUAGUCAUCCGAUUUAAAGUUCAAAUUAGAUUGCACUUUCGGAAAAUGUGACUUGUCUUCAAAUGAAUCAUCAAAGCGGGAUUUAUUGGAAUAUAUUUGAAUUUUUUUGGAAAACCUUGUAGAUUGGUGCGGCCUGGAAAAGGGUUAAAAUAAAUUAUUUAAAUUUGUGUAAUAAUGUCGUAUAAUAUUUAUUUAUUUCACAACACGGACGAAAUAAAGCACAAGAUAAUUAUAAGAAAAACGUAGAGAGCAGAUAUUUUUUGAUAAGAUUUCUAUUUAAUGAAUCGGAUAGAACUACAAAAGGGAGUGACUUUACCGUGACGUGUUUACACAUUUUCGUUAUAUCAUUUUGACAGUUCAAAAAAAGAAAGUGAUAUGACUAGUAGGAAAGUACCCUAUUGAAAACGAGUGGUCAGUACCACUAGAUUCCCAAUUUUUACCGCUCGUAUUUUUAAAAUAGCAUUUCGCCGUUUUCCACCAAUUUUAAGAGUGUAGAAAUCGAGUGCUCGAAAUUCUUAAAUUGGCCCAUGGUAUGAUACGGAAUAUUUUUAAAGUUCAUAAAUUACAUAGAAAAAUGACGAACUGUAUUUGUUACAAAAUUAAAUUUCAAAACCCAUUUCCAUUUAUCAUACCUAUCUAUCUACCGAAUGACGAUUUUCUAAUGUAAAUAAUAGUUGACAAAAAAUUAAAACUUACACCAACGGACAUUAUUAUCAAGUAACCGGCCGACCUGAUUGUGAUAUAGUUUUUAGCACGAAAUAAAACUUGCAUCUUUAACGAGUUACUUUAACAAUGACAGUCGCCAUUAUAUACCAUCUAGAGCGGCAAAAGUAUCUGAACAUGUGCUUUUACGAUUUGAUAAUAGAUCAGCCGCCCUAGCCAAGGUGACAAUCGCUAUUGCUUCGGCAACGAAACGCUUUGUUUCUCUAUCGCUCUUUUAUAUUAGGGAGACAGUGACAGUUGCGUUUCGGUCGCUACGGUGCGUAAGCGAUUUGCAUGUUGGCUACCUGGCCAGGCUUUGACAAAUAAGGACAACUUUAGGCGUCCUUAGCGCUCAAAAAGUUUAUUUUAUCAUCAUACAUUAAUUAAAAAUGCAGGAAAAAAAUGCAGUUGUUCCUAGCCAAACAUAACAGUCGCCAUUUGAAACAUUUUUUUAAUCUUGUAAAUAAUUAUUUAAAAUGUAAUUAGGUUAGUUACACCAUCCACUAUUAUUAUUAUUGUAAGUGAAUGAUCAGUUGUUUUCUAUAAAUAAAAUAAAACAAUAAGUUUCUUAA